UCCCAGAGCUGUGUGUGGCUGGGAGUUGUGGUCCCAGAGCUGUGUGUGGCUGGGAGUUGUAGUCCCAGAGCUGUGUGUGGCUGGGAGCUGUGGUCCCAGAGCUGUGUGUGGCUGGGAGUUGUGGUGCGCAGGUGUCUGUGGUAGUUGUCCUCCUGCCCUGAACGUUCUGGAUGAGACUGACAACACGAAUGAGUGUGUAGGGGCGUGGCCCCGAUCUCUAGUCACAUGACCGGAGUGUGUGAGGUGCAGACUACAGGUCCCGUCAUGCCGUGCGGCGGCCGCUGAGUAGUUGGAUUGAGCCGAGCACAGAGGGGGCAGCUCCGGGAGCCGGGAGUGUGGGAUUCGGUACCCGGUGCGGAAGUGCUACGAAUAACCGGAGCGGAGGAGGGGGGAGGCUUCGGGAGAUGAGCGCGGUGCCUCGGCCUGAGGUGGCCGGUAAGGGACAUGCUUCUCUGGGACUACUACCGUACUCAAGUGCCCGGCUUUGGCCUGGAUUAAGCGCGGAGCGGCCGGACAGCGCAGUGACUGUGUGACCCCGGAGACAACAUGACGUCCAAAGGUAAACAAUGGGACGUCAGCGCCGCUCUGAAUGACUAUGAUCAGCUCCGACAAGCCACUGUGGGUGGACUGGCUCAUAACUUCAAUGACACUCGGAGCUUUAAACCCCCAGAAGCAGCUCGCCCCAUGAGACCGGCCCUGCAGAGGCAGGAGGACAUUGUGCAAGAGAAGCGCCUGUCCCGAGGCAUCUCUCACGCCAGCUCUUCUAUAGUCUCCCUGGCUCGCUCCCAUGUGUCCAGUAAUGGCAGCAGUGAGCACUCUCUGGAGCCCCCCAUCUGCACCUUCCAGCUCCCUGACCUAACUGUGUACAGCGAGGACUUCCGGAGCUUCAUCGAGCGGGACCUCAUUGAGCAGUCCAUGCUGGUGGCUUUGGAGCACGCUGGUCGUCUCAAUUGGUGGGCACAAGUCGACCCAUCCUACCAGAGGCUUCUCCCAUUGGCAACAACGGGUGAUGGAAACUGCUUGCUGCAUGCAGCUUCUUUAGGGAUGUGGGGCUUUCAUGACCGGGACCUCAUGCUCCGCAAGUCUCUCUACACUCUGAUGGACAAAGGCGCGGAGAGGGAAGCUCUGAAGCGGAGAUGGCGAUUUCACCAAACUAUGCAGAAUAAAGAGUCCGGUCUUGUCUACACAGAAGAGGAAUGGCAGAGGGAGUGGAACGAGUUGAUAAAGCUGGCGUCUAGCGAACCACGGAUGCAUUAUGGAGCCAAUGGUUCCAAUUGUGGGGGAGUGGAGGGUUCGGAGGAGCCGGUGUAUGAGAGUCUGGAGGAGUUCCACGUCUUUGUACUUGCUCAUGUACUCAAGAGGCCCAUCGUGGUGGUGGCAGAUACGAUGCUCAGAGACUCGGGAGGAGAAGCAUUUGCCCCAAUACCAUUUGGAGGAAUCUACCUCCCUCUGGAGGUUCCACCUAGCAAGUGCCACAGCUCUCCGCUUGUCCUGGCGUACGACCAAGCCCACUUCUCUGCUCUUGUAUCCAUGGAACAGGGAGACCAGAGCAAGGACCAAGCGCCUUUCAUCCCCCUGACUGACUCUCAGCACAAGUUACUACCGGUGCACUUUGCCGUCGAUCCUGGAAAAGAUUGGGAGUGGGGCAAAAACGACUCCGACAAUGUCUGCCUGGCUGGGGUCACAUUAUCAUUGGAAGCCAAGUUAAACUUGCUACACAGUUACAUGACGGUCACGUGGCUUUCCCUGCCAUGCGAAAUGCAGGCUCCCCUUGCCCAGCCAGAGUCUCCAACUGCAUCCGCUGGUGAUGAUGCCCGGUCUGCAGCUGAAUCUGGAGAGUCCGACAAAGAGUCUGUAUGCAGCAGCUCAGCGAGCAACGGAGGCAGCAAAACUGGAAAGGAGAAAGACAAGGAAAAGGAGCCAAAGUCCAAAAAGGAGAAGGACAAGGAGAAAGAUAAGAAGCGAGCAGACUCUGUGGCCAACAAGCUUGGCAGCUUUGGCAAGAGCUUGGGUAGUAAGCUAAAGAAAAACAUGGGUGGCUUAAUGCACAGCAAGAGUGGAAAGUCCGGCAUGAGCAAUGGACAAGGGGACACACUGGAGAAGAAAAAGAAAGGGUCCUUAAAGGGCCGAAAAGGCAGCAAAGAGGACUCCUCACAAGGGGAUAUCUCUACAUCAUCUGAGAAGUCCUCCGUCAAGUCAACGACAGACAAGGCCCAGGGUGAUCCUUACAAAUACAGUCACGAUGUCAAACUGAGUCUGAGCAUCUUGCGAGCAGCCAUGCAAGGGGAGCGGAAGUUUAUCUUCGCCUGCCUCCUAAAAACUAGUGACCGUCAGCCUUACCAGAAGCAGAUGAUCCAGAGGUAUCUGGCUGACGCCCAUGAGAGGUUCAUAGCCGAGCAGAAACAGAGAGAAGCAGAGAAAAAGACUCUUCUGAACUGCGGCACAGCAAAGAGACUAGAGCACGACAUGGCGCAGCCUAAAGCCGACGAUCAUCUUCUUCCAACCUAUUCCCAAGUGACUAAUAAUUAUGGGAUGCAGAGUAUGGAAUAUGGUCCUGGCAUAAAAGGAGCUCUACCUUCCAGUUAUUCUGGGGGCUUUACCAUCCCCCGACCUUCGAUAGUAAACACAUCAGACAGUUCCCACGCACACAGCUACCAGGACAGUAGACGUCAGGUAGCCGGUGGCUCUUGCAAUAAUCUGCCAUCCUAUGCCACUCUUCCCCGGCACUGCAUGCAGACCCGGCCUCAUCCAUACCAGUCCAGCCCUCCACACAUGGGUAGGCUUUCUCCUUCAGAGUCAGAACUUCCCCCAGUUUAUCCCACAGAAGAGCAGACUGUUUGCAUUGUGCACAGCAAUGGCUACCAGGAAUACACAGACCCCAGCCCCCUGUCCAGAGCAGCGACCUCUGACAGCAGCAAGGUCCGGACACACUAUAACAUCCAGCAGACCAAGUGUAAGCAAACGCACUGCAGUUUUUACGGACAUCCUGAAACAGGCAACUACUGUUCGUGCUGUUACAAAGAGGAACUGAGGCGGAAAGAGAGGGAAAAACAGGCUUUAAUACACAGGUUCUGAGGGGAUGGCAACGAUCCUGGAUUUAAGAAUCCACACAAUGUUCCAAUAGGGGGCAGCACUGGGGAGGAUGCAAUAUGUUUCUACGGACUUUAAGUGUUUUAUGAUUGUUUUUGAACUAUGAAAAUGAGGUGCGUAACAGCUGUACAAAUUCUAGAUGACGUCUAAAAUGACCCGGAAAGCACCGGAUUAGUUCCUAGAUCAGAAGUGAAGAUUUUCAGGAGAAAAAAAAAAAAUAAUGCAAAUUUAGUAAUUUUGUAAGUGAUGACAACUUUUAACAACUCUGCAUCCUUAGCACUUUAGGUAAUCCCCCCCCCCCCCCCUCAAAUCCGUUCCUGUUAUUAAAAUUCAUGACUCCCAUUCCCAAUUGUGGUAUGGAAGGGGUUAAUCCCUCGUGCGCUGGAAGUGCUCUUAGGACUCUUCAUUCGUUUGGAAAUUGGGCCGUUUUCUCCAGACAAGGGGUUUUCUACAGUAGUUAAUCAGUUAACUGCAUUGUCAUUGCUUUGCGAUCUGUUCCUUUUUCUUAGCUUUUUAUUUUUUUUGAUAAAUAAUUGGCAAUUUAUUUAUUUUUUUUUGCUUAAAGGAGUACUCCGCCCCUAGACAUGUUAUCCCUUAUACAAAAGAUAGGGGAUAAGAUGUCUGAUCCCUGAAAUUUAGGCUGCGACACCCCAGACAUCCGGGUAAAAUUUGCUCCGUGUCGGAUGAUUGGCGAUGUGGGGCAGAGGCUCGUGAGGUCACGGCCACGCCCCGCCCGUGAU